CUGCGCAGAUUACUAAUGUCUGUUUAAAGAUGGCGACUUACUUGAACUGAAGGGGCAAAUGCGUUCUGCAAGAGCAUAAAUCCUACGAACUAAAGGCGAUUUCUUUAUAUAAACAGAAUGGUUUUAAAAAACGUUUUACGAUCUACGGCGUUGGGUUUACAGACAUGGAGUGUAUUUUCAGGCGCGAGGCAGAGCAGUAUUGCCUUACCUGCUUUCAGGCAGUCUAAAUGCAGCUCUUUUUCGAACUGGACGUUAACACGUAAUUGUAAAGGUGAUGAAACCCUUCCAAACCAACCAGUGAGGCAGUAUGCACGACCCUCUAGAAAGAAACAAGAAUUCCCAAGUCAGCUUCAAGACCUGCAUCCAUCCAUGCUGAAGCAUGAAUAUGCAUCUGUCCCACUUGCUCAAUCGAUUGACGAUGUGGUGAAGAAACUGCUUACACUGGAGUUUGCAAAUCAUAGUGAAAAAAUGCGUUUGAAAGAGGAACAGCUUAUUGCCAAAGUUCAGAGGGAUGAGAAUGACCGCAGCUCGACAGAAGUCAAAGUGGCGAUUAUGACAGCACGUAUUCGCAACAUCCAGGAGCACUUGCACAAACACCCCAAGGAUAAAGCCAACAAAAGAUUGAUGCUCAUGACCAUCGACAGCAGGAAGAAAAAGUUGAAGUUUCUGAGAAGGACCCGGUAUGAUUCCUUCACGAAGGUGUGUCAAGAGCUCGGAAUCACAUACACGUUCCCUCCCGAAUACUAUCGGCGGGUCACCCGACGUUGGCUGGCCAAAAAGGCCUUUUGCAAUAAGGUCUUUAAAGAGGUGCAGAAACAAAAAGCCGAGCAGAGAGAGAAGCAGAGAGCAGCUGAGGCUAAGGAAAAGGAGCCAACAUCCUCUACAGAACCACAAGGAACUGCCCUUUAGAGACCUUCAGCGAGCCAGGAACUUGUGCUGACAAGUUCAGAAGAACAAUCUGAUAUGUCCUCUUUUGAUUCAUAUGUGACAUUCAAAGAAAAAUAAAACAGAAACAUCAUGGUCCGCAUCAGAGUAUCUGUAUUAUUGUUUUUCAAUGGUAAAACAUGCUAAUUUCUCUGAAGUCUGUUAUAGCUGCACCAAAUAAAAGAUCUUAAAAUUG